GUCGGGUAAAGAGCGCGGGUGGUUAACAAGAUGGCCGUUUGGUAUGAAACCUAAAUGCGCAGUCCUACUUUUACCCGCGCUCGAUUAAUUGCGUGUACACAUAUCGAGCUAAUCGAGGUCCGAUUGAAAGGGCGGCCAUCGGCUUUCGAGGACCCGAUCGCAACUCUCGGAUUCGGACCAGCUUCCAUAAGCUUCCGUGUCGCGGCAUUGGCGAAGACCUGUCAUGCGAGCUGCGGGAAUGGCGUCAAUGGGGACCUUUUUGGAGCACGAAGCGCGGCAAAACUGAGCCGAAUUUGAGAUACAUCCAAUCACUACAAUCUUAUUAGUGUGGCGAUUUGUUCCCAAGCUACUACCUGUUCCUGAUACGGUGCUUGUGUUCAAGUGUGAAGGAAUAUUUUCCAAGGGGUUCCUUUGAUUGACGAAAACUUUAAAGGGUUCACCGUAAGUGCCCAGACCACUGUAGAAGCGCGACAGCUAUGGCGAAGACGUCGUAUGAGCUCUUGGGGGACAUUCGAUCUUCCAUAGAAGAUAUUUUGGCCAAGAUGUUGCAGGUGAAGAAAGAAGGAAGAGGGAGCAACAUUAAUUUAAGGGAACUUUUGACGGAAUCAUCUGUCAUGUUUGUUGAUCUACGACAGGUCAAUCGGUUAAUUCUUCAAGAGGAGGACCGGGUGAAGGCCGAAACAGAUUCAGCGAAGCUUCCAGUUGAUCACACCUCGCUUCAGCUCCACAAUCUAUUGUACGAGAAGAAUUACUACCUGAAGGCCAUCAAAGCUUGCAAAGACUUCAAAUCCAAGUAUCCUGACAUUGAACUGGUUUCGGAAGAGGAUUUUUUUAGAGAUGCUCCAGAUGAGCUGAAAGCCAAUCCUCGACUGAAAGAGGAUCCCCACAAACUGAUGCUGCAGCGUUUGAACUUCGAGCUACAUCAGCGGAAGGAGCUUUGCAAGCACCAGGAAGUGCUAGAAGCUCGCAAGAAAAUGUUACAGGAGAGUAUAGCUAACAGGCGGAAGUUCUUGUCAAGCUUACCUGGUCACCUGAAGGCAUUAAAGAAAGCGUCCUUACCUGUACAGCAACAAUUGGGCAUUUUGCAUACAAAGCGUGUGAAACAGCACCAAUUGGCGGAACUUUUACCUCCUCCUUUGUAUAUUCUCUACUCACAGCUUCUUUCACAGAAGGAAGCUUUUGGGGAGAAUAUAGAGCUUGAGAUCGUUGGAAGUGCGAAGGAUGCUCAGAUGAUAGCGCGGCAACUUGCCAACAGGGAAGCCAAUGCAGCAGCUGGGAAUUCAGACGAGAGCAAGCUGGAAGAAGAUGCGCGUGAAGAUGAAGAUGAUUCGCAAAGGCGUCGAAAGAGAGUGAAAAAAUCUCAUGACAAGGAAACUGCAGAUGGAAUGGGAAUGUACCAGGUUCAUCCCUUGACGAUCAUGCUCCAGAUUUUUGAUAACGAGCAGCUCGGAACGGAGAAGGCAAACAAACUGCUCACAGUGUGCUUUGAAUACCUUUCUCGUCUGAACGUUGUUUGUGCUGGUAUCGAAGGCGCCAGUCAAGUUACUGACUCCAGCAAUCUGUUGGCUAACCUCUUCCCCAAUGACACGGGCUUGGAUCUGCCCAAUCAGGUUUCUAAACUCCAAGCCGGAUCAGGAUUCGUCUAUGACGAAAAUCGUCUGUUGCGACCUUAUAAAUGGGCGCAGCAUCUGGCUGGCAUUGAUUUUCUUCCGGAAACGCCCCCGCUCUUGCCAGAUCCAGUCGGCUCCAUCAACGGUGACACCUCAGGUGGUGUUGCAGUAGGUGUCGGCCUUUCCACAUACAGGCAGCAACAUCGGGUUCUCACUGUCUUGCAGCAGCUCCGAAGUCGGAAGAAGGCACAGCUGGCUCUGAAAGAGCAACUGGAGUCGCUUUCCAAGUUGAAGCAGCCUACUCUGAAGUCUAAUACGCUACCAUGGGUUGUCCAUUCCCCUAAAUGCACCUUGCGAACUUGGAACGAAGUAGAGCCCUUGGGCCAAGAUCAUCAUCGUAGCUCUCUGUAUGCCUUAACCGGUGGCGCUUCGCAAACUACAGGGUUUUUAUUUAACAAGGAACCCAUGGGCGUAGUUGGCCUACUCACAGCAGGAGGUGAAAUCGAGGCAGGCAGGGAGGAUGGAGAGCUACCUUCUGCCGUGCCUCUGCUUUCAGCCGGAGCGCCUUCUAGUGGGAGCAAGUUGUCCAGUGGAAAGGACGUAGUUCAAGAUGAUGCGCCAGGAGCUGGGUCACCCGUGAAUGGAAUCAAAGAAGCAGUGGAUACAUCAUCCAAGGGAUCCAGCGGAGAUAGAAGGUCUCGACGAGAAAAGACCGCUUCAGUGAAACCAUCACCAACACCUCGAGAAGGUGCAGGUUUGGGAGGUUUGGGAUCUUCACUUGGUACGGAAUUUGAUGCCCUUAUGGAGGAUGGUAUGGAAGGUCUAGAACCUGAUCCAUCUGCGGAAGAAGCCGCAGACGAUACUAAUGGAUCCAAAAGCAGAUGGGGAUGGGAGUCGCAUGGAGCUCACAGAUACCGAGCUGUUUUGCGUCGGGACAAUGUACCUGGUGGAAAACGCCUUGAGCUCGAAGCCCAGGUAGAGGUGACUCUCGAAUAUCCCCUGAGACCUCCUCACUUCCUGCUGCGGAUACUACCACCUGGGAAUAAGGAAUUGUCUGCUUUGCCAGCUCCUCCUCGUGGUGUGCUGGAUGUAACUGAGUCCAUGGUCAUUGGAGAGGCUAACGUCGACAACUGGUUCAAUGAACUUCGAGCCAUCGAAGCUGAGAUCAACAUCCAUCUUCCAGGUAUAUUAUCGAGGUCCGAAGUGAAUUACAUUCUGGCCCAUCAGGUAGCACUUCUUAGCAUGCUCUUUGAUCGCCAUGUUGAUAAUGAGACCUCUCUACUCGGAGGCCAGGGCCCUUCAUCGACCAGUAGCUUUGCGGAUCGAACAACCGGCCAGGUAGGAUCACGAACUGUUAGAGGUAGGGAUAGGCGUAAGGCAAUUGCAUGGAACCAAGAGCAGGGCAUAUUUGAACAUCGCUCUUAGCAGUUGAUUCCGCACUUUACAGGUUUCUUCCUUCGGUAUGAACGCCUCCUGACUUAGUUGGUGAGCAGUGGCAUUUUAUCGUGUCUAAGAAGAGCAUUUGAUUGCUCUGGACUCCACACGUAUUUGUACAUAUACCAUGGCAAGGCCUCAUAUACCAUAUUUACGGACAUGAUUUUUCCUCG